GCAACUCCGUACCCAGUUUAACCUCCGCAUUUUGCUCUUAUGUAGAAACGCAUUGUCGUCACUCUUUCCGCACAUUGAUAUUCCUCGGACUUCCUACACACCCGGCUCGUAUAUAAUGAACUUUUAACUUUGAACUUUUAUACGUGUAAAGGGGUUGAUUUAAGCAUCUAAUUACGAUGCCAAUUCGCGUCAAGUCGCGUCCCUUGGCGACCCCAGAUCGUGCUUUGUCACCUGUCUCUGUUCCUACAGAAGUUCCCCUCCCUGAUAUCGCACAUGAAGAUGUCUUCCGCGAUGUCGUUAAGAAGCUUUCCAUAUAUGUAACUGGGGUAGUUUAUUUGCCAAGUACCUUCGAACAACUAAGGACUACAUCGGCCGGUGACGAUCUACACGCCCUUGUUAACCAUCUUAGCACCCGUGUCACCAAUCCCGCAAUCGUAAAUGCUUUACUGGCACUAAGAUGGCAUUACGGUUCGAUAAGCGAUGGUCGAGGUAUCAGUGAAGCUCGUGCAAAUGCUUGCGAGAUUGUUGCCUGGAGGUUUUUAACUCGUCUAUCUGAGAGGGAAGCCGUCGAGUUUUGUCUUUACGAGAUCCCGGAUGGUAGCCAAGGAGAUACAUCCCUUACCGACGAGCCCGCAGAUGGUGGUGAGAGCAACGAGCGUAGCUCUCUACUGUACCGCCCUUCUAGGUCUCCCUCACCAGACCGCCGCUCGGACAAUCGGUUUGGGUCUACGAGACGAAGCCAAUUGUUUCAAUCAAUCUCGAAAUUGACUAUAAGUCGGCAUGCCACUGAGGUCGAAGAACCGGAAGAUGACCCUACUGAAUCUUUCACGCAUUUGAAUGGCUUAGAAAUAGCGGCGAUUGCUGAUGCAAAGAGGUUUCUUAGCCAGCACGUGGUGCAGAAGAUCAUUACAGGCAUUUGGAACGGCGAGAUUAUCUUCUGGGACCGUCUUUCAGUCCAUUCGGAGAAGAAACCUCGAUUUUACAAUCCUAGCACGGCCGACCCUUUCUCGCGACUUCGAGUACCCAAGUAUCUCAAAGCUUAUGAGGUUGCGUUCUUCGUUGGAUUUUUAAUGUUAUACUAUAGCGUAUUGAUCGAACAAAAUCGUUACGCCAUUACACCUCUAGAAAUACUACUCUACGUCUGGUUCGCCGCCUUCUUCUACGAUGAGGUCAGCGAAUACAUCGAUGCUGGGUCGAUUUUCUAUGCGGCAGAUAUCUGGAAUUUAUUUGAUAUGAUUAUGAUUGCCAUUGGAAUCGUCUUUGCAAUUUUGAGAUUCGUUGGCUUAUAUAAAGCUGAUUAUACCCUUGUGGAUAUUGGGUUUGAUGUCUUGUCGCUUGAGGCCCUCUUCAUGGUACCUAGAGUCUGCUCGAUAUUUAGCUUGUCCCCAUAUUGGGGUACUUUAAUACCUUGUCUUAAAGAGAUGGGGAAAGACUUCUUGAAAUUCAUGGUUCUAGUUAUCAUUGUAUAUGUCGGGUUUUUAACAACCUUUUCUCUCGUCGGGAGGGAGGCAUACUCAUUUUCGCACAUGGCCAUGAUCGUGACCAAGAUCUUUUUUGGGUCUAGUUACGUUGGGUUUGACAUUAUGGAGGAAAUCGACCCCAUCUUCGGACCUCCUCUCAUGUUGAUUUUUGUUACGCUAAGUUCCAUUUUACUUAUGGGUUCCCUGACGGGUAUGCUCAGUAAUAGUUUCUCGAGAGUAAUUACGCACGCCCGUGAAGAAUACCUCUAUGUCUACAGCGUAUACGUUCUUGAGGCAUCAACCAGCAACAGGCUCACGCAUUUCUACCCUCCAUUCAAUCUCCUCGCGCUGGGAAUAUUCAGGCCUCUACGUCUAUUCCUACCCUCAGAUGAUAAGUUCCGGCAAGCACGUAUCCUACUUCUCCGGGCAACGCACGCACCAAUCGUCGGAGCUAUUCAGGUCUACGAGUGGUUCACCAAUAAGGCUAACCACGACGGUUUCGACAACUUCCGCGGCCCACGACAGAAUUCUUUUAAACGAAAUGCCGCACCACCUGGUGGACUAGGGAGCAGACCACAAUCGGGAUAUCGACCGCGUAUUCCAACACCGCACGCUACUAGCGCGGAAGUGAUUCAUAAGCCGAGGCCUCAGCAACGAGUUAUUGAUGAUUAUGCUGGAGAAGCACCUAGCGAUGUGGAGGUUCGAAUCUCAGAGUUGGCAGCAAAGAUUGAUCGGCUUACUACUCUGGUUGUUGCGUUACAGUCCGGUGCCGGGGUCGAAACGGUCGAGACGGUCCAAACUUGACAAGUCUAUAGCAUACACAUUGCGUGUAGAAAACCUUGCUAAGAACCAUCCGCUAAAGACUCAGAAAUCGCCAAGGGGUGACGAAUAUUGUACAGAAUACGUAUACACUUUGUGUAUUAUGCCUAUAUGGCUUUUUGCACCACUACCCAGAACCACCAGCUGGUUUAAUGGGAUUUGCUUUUGCACCUUUCGAAAACAUAGCAUAGAGGACAUAUCACAUAAUGAGCAUAACGGGGUGUAUUAACCUAUUAUCUAUCCUGAGAGCAGUCCAAUUACUUGGCUUGAAUACAUACAUAUGUAACUAUGAAUCGUCCUCUCUUAUAGGGGCUCUAAUCAAUGAAUGUAUUCGAACUUCUAAUACUGAAAUUAGUGGGUAUCCGCGCCCUAACCGACUUCAUAAUAAUACGAUGCAUCAUCUCCACACCCCUUAAUAGGCAGCUUAUUAACGCUUCCACCUAUAAGACUCAGUAGCUCUUCCGAAAGCGGCAAUUUUCUU